CUCUCCCGGGGCGGAUGUUCCCCACACAGUCGCGCUGUCGCCAACCCCACAACCCGCGGAGCCGCAAUGUCCGAUUCCCCACAAACCAGGAUGGAAAGAGGACCCGUUCGUUCCCCGGGUUGAGCUCCGGGCUCCGGCUCCGCGUUGUCUGGGGUAGUCUCUCACGACAAGUUCCAGUCUAUAUAAACCCCCCCCCUCAACGUCCAGCAUCAAGUCACUCACACUCCCUCUCUUCCUCAACACAGCACAACGACAUGCCUUCCGCCGAAAACACCUACGGCUCCAAGGGCCUCUCCCUCAUCGUCAUCGGCACAAACGCCGGUACCUCCAUGGACGGUGUCGACAUGGUCCGCGUCCACUUCACCCAAGAACACCCCUCCGCCCCACUCAAGAUGAAACUCCUCAACUACGGCGAAGAACCCAUGCCCCAAAAACUCAAGAAGCGCGUGAUGAAGCUCAUCAAAGACAACGCCACGACUCCCGAGGAGAUCGCGCAGGUGAACAUGCAGUUGGGUGAGAACACCGGGAAUGCGAUUUUGACGUUUGCCGAGAGGGAAGGAUUCAAGUUGGGUACGCAGGGUGGGAAGGGCGAGGUUGAUUUGAUUGGAGGACAGGGACAGACUAUUUGGCAUCUUCCCCUUCCCGAGCUCUUCGAGGGUGACCAGGAGCGUGCGCAUCUCGACAUGGCCGAAAUCGCCGUGAUCGCCGCUCAGACGGGUGUUACAACCCUCGGCAACUUCCGCGUUGGCGACAUGGCUCUCGGACGUCAAGGCUGCCCUCUCUUCGCCGCUCUCGACUCUUUGUUACUCUGCCACCCAACCCUCAACCGCGCCGUCCAGAACAUCGGCGGAAUCGCAAACUUCUCCAUCCUCCCCGCCGGCGACGUCGAGGGUUGCUACGACUUUGACACCGGACCGGGUAAUGUCUUCAUCGACGCCGCUGUUCGUCACUUCACCAACGGCGAACUCGAAUACGACAGAGACGGCGCCAUGGGAGCAAAAGGCACCGUCGACCAAGCCAUCGUCGACGAAAUGCUCGCAACAGACUACUUCACCCACGACAUCCCCAAAACCACCGGUCGCGAAACCUUCGGCGACACAUGGGGCGAAAACAUUUGCAAACGCAUGCUCGCAAAGGGCGCCUCACCGGAAGACUGCGUCGCCACCAUUACCCGAAUCACCGCACAAUCCUUGGUCGAGCAUUAUAAGAGGUACGGACCCCCCGGCGGCGUGGAUGAGAUCUACAUGGGCGGCGGCGGCUCGUAUAACCCCAACAUCGUCAACUACCUCCGCGAACAACUCCCCAACACGCGUAUCACUAUGAUCGACGAAAUCGGUAUUCCAGCAGGCGCGAAAGAAGCCCUUGGCUUUGCGUUGAUGACGCUCGAAGCCUUCGUCGGUCGCCCGUUGAUCGUGCCGCAGAGGGUGGAGAAUCGGGAACCGGGGAUUAUUGGACAGAUUCAGCCUGGGAAGAACUAUUUUGGGGCGAUGAAGAGGGUUGUUGGGUUUUGGGGCGAGUUUCCUGAGGAGGAGGUUAAGUGUACGACGAGGAUGGAGGUUAUUCCGAAUGAGAAGUUUGUUCAGUAGAUUGCGAUUGGGGGAAUGAAGGGAGGGGUGGGUGUACGAUUAUUUGUUAGGGGGGUACCACAUAGAUAUUUUGCAGC